GCGAGUUUCCAUGGUAACACUAUAAACAUUAGCUUCUUUAGCGACCUUUACAAAUCGCGCUAAAACGUGAGCGUCUUGUGCUCGGCUUUUCUCGGCACCUGUUCGGUUGUUUCUGCUAUAGUUCGGCUGUCUUUAAAUUCUUGAUCAGAUGGAGUUAUAAAUGAGGUUAUGGCUUUCUUUGGAUUAACAUAUCUGGGCUAUCAACGGCCUGUUGGGGACAAGAUGUUAUCGUCAGCCCAAAUCAAACUAAACGUUCAAGAUGUUUCAGUGUUGCAACGUGAAGAGAACGGACUUCCACCCAUCAAUACGAAAAGAGGAUUGACGUGCGCUGAUCCCUGCGGUGGACUGAUCCCAGACCAGUAUUUUAAGCAAAUCAUCAGACACGUUCACAAGUCUCCCAAAGAAGUGUAUCGUGUACCUCUGACGGACAAUCAACAGUACGGUUGGUGGGUUCCCACUGGUGGCCCCAAGAAUCAGGAACCCUGGACUCGAAUCCGGCGUUUCCCACGCAGAAACAGUGAAAUGACAAAGUUUGUAAAUGAGAUGGCCACGACCAAUUCAGACUUCAGCCUCUUUUGAUCCCUGGUCCAGGAACUAUCAAGACAAUCUGACACACUGCCGUACACAUACACACAGCAGACAGGCACACACAAUGACAUUAUGGUAUGGCCAUUUACAUUCUGUUGAAUAAAUAAAGUUAUUCGCUUAUUGCAAUCCAUGAUGCAACUGUUAGCCUUGCGGACAGAACAAGUUUAGGAGAAAUAGGAAAUGCAAAAAUAUAACAAAAUAUAAAACGGGGAAGUUCAGAUGCAGUGCAUCUUGUGCAUCUACAGAGUUAAGUCUUAAAAUAGGAUAUAAUAUCUGGUCACAUUAUUCUUGGGACAUAAUGGGGAAAAUCCUAACCAUCAGAAGAUUCAUUUAAAAAAAGAAUAGAUUAAACAUAAGCAUAUGUAUCCACUACACAUAUAGUAUCACCAUAUUGCGGGUUGAACAUAUACUGCAAAAUAUAGUCUUAAAGGGAUAGUUCGUCAAAAAUGAAAAAAAAUCCAUCAUUUACUCACCCCGUGUCAUUCCAAACUUGUUUGAAGUUUGGUAAACAAUCAACAUUGACCCCCCAUUAACUUCCAUUGUAUGUAAAAAGGUCUUUUGUGUUUCAUAGAAGAAUACAGCUUUUGAAUGAGAGUGAAUAAAUGAUGAAAGAAUUUUAAUUAAGGGUAAACUGUUCCUUUAAUCAUUUUAUAAUGUACAAGGGUUGCCUGCAAAUACUGUCAGUCAUAUUUUAUGGAUAUUCUGUCAAAACAUGAAACUUUGCUUAAGUAAAUAUAGUUUUUAGUAGCCAGCUUUUUUUUAGUGUUCCAUUAGUAUCCGAAUCUGACUGUUAACAAAAUGAAAUGACUGAUCCAAGAUCAGAGGUUAAGUUACCUUAGCAAUGGUGUUUGCAUUACUAAAUGGCUGAACGCAUGAAAUGCGUUUGCAACCUCUUAGAGCAUCUGAGCAGGAGUGGUGUCUUUUUUACCCACAACUCAGGGGCAGAGAGUAGAGAAAAAAUCUCAUUCCGAUCAAUUUACAUCACCAAAAUAAUUAUAAAUAAUAAAAUAUCAUUAUACUUAU